CAGUUUUAACUGGAGUUAUGGGGGUUAUUGCUGGGUUAUUUAUGGGGUGAGGAUGAGGGAGGAAUGCAGAGAUUUCUCAGAGUGAGGUUUGCUUGAUUGGCCUCUUUGGGUGUUAUUUAUAACCUGUUCCUUUGAUUUUUCAAGGUCUCCUUUUAUUGAGAUUCCCAGUCCUACAGUUAUUCCAAAGCAACCAAGAUAUGUGAUGAAACCAGGCAUAUUAUCUUGGCCAAGUAUGCACCCAAGAAUUUGAAUGCUUCCAACUAUAUGUGGGGGGAAGAAGUUUAGAAUAAAAACAUACCCUCCUACUCCAACUAAGCCUGUAAAUGUUCCAACAAAGACAAGUGAGUACACCAAAUAAGUAUCUGAUGCC